AUGGCUGCUUCUCAGACUUUGGCUCAGUUCCUGGCACAACUUGGCUCAGCAGAGUGGAUCUCGGCUUUCAGGUCCACACAAAUGGAGGAGAUUGUCGGCUUCAGCUCCCAAAGAGAGCGGCUCAUCAGUUUUUCGUGUAUCACCGUCUUCCGUAGGCACUGCUUGCGUGAAGGUCUACUGUUUGGCCUGUCCAGAUAUGUGGAAGAAGCCAACAACUUCCACGGGGUGUCCUUACUUCUUCACAUGACCGUAACUCUGAUUGACAGGCAGGCUUUCCUCUGCCGGAUUCGCCAGACCCCCGCUGACCAGCAGUGCCUGUCUGAGGACAAUGUUAAGAUUCUCUUUUCUAACAUUGAGGACAUCCUGGAAGUUCACAAGGAGGUGCUGUCGGUGCUUAACUGUAGUCUGCAGCCCGAGCCACAUGCCAACCAUUCCUUGGGCCACGUAUUCCUAAAGUUUAAAGAACGAUUUUGUGUUUAUGAGGAAUACUGCAGCAAUCAUGAGAAAGCACUGAGGCUGCUGAUGGAGCUGAAUAAGAUCCCAAAUGUCAGAACUUUCCUACUGCACUGCAUGCUGCUUGGGGGGAAGAAGACCACUGACGUUCCUUUAGAGGGCUAUCUGCUAUCCCCAAUCCAGAGAAUCUGCAAAUACCCUCUUCUACUUAAGGAGCUUCUAAAAAGAACCCCCAGGAAUCACCCUGACCACCCAGCAGUAGAAGAAGCACUCCAGGCCAUGAAAAUGGUCUGCUCCAAUAUCAACGAGACCAAGAGGCGCAUGGAGAAGCUCGAGGCUCUGGAGCAACUGCAGUCGCACAUAGAGGGUUGGGAGGGUACAAACCUGACAGAUAUUUGUACAGAGCUGCUGCUACAUGGUACCCUGCUGAAGAUUUCCGCUGGCAACAUUCAAGAGCGAGUCUUCUUCCUGUUUGACAAUCUGCUGGUUUACUGCAAACGGAAGUCGAGAGUUGCAGGAAAGAAAUCCACCAAGAGGACCAAAUCUAUAAAUGGGCCACUGUACCUCUUCCGAGGGAGGAUCAACACAGAGGUGAUGGAGGUGGAAAAUGUGGAGGAUGGCACAGCGGAUUACCACAGUAACGGGUACACGGUGACCAACGGAUGGAAGAUCCACAAUACGGCUAAGAGCAAGUGGUUUGUGUGCAUGGCCAAAAACCCUGAAGAGAAGCAAAAGUGGCUGGACACGAUCUUAAAGGAGCGGGAGCAGAGAGAGAGUCUGAAGCUGGGAAUGGAGCGUGAUGCUUAUAUGAUGAUUGCCACAAAAGGAGAGAAACUUUACCACCUGCUGAUGAGCAAAAGCCGUCACCUCAUCAAGGAUCGGCGCCGGAAACUGAGCAUCGUCUCCAAGAGCUUCUUUGGCAAUGAAUUUGUAUCUUGGUUGAUUGAGAUGGGUGAGAUCAGCAAACCAGAUGAAGGAGUCAAUUUAGGACAAGCCUUGCUGGAGAAUGGGAUCAUCCACCAUGUGUCGGAUAAGCACCAGUUCAAAAACGAGCAAGUGCUCUAUCGGUUCCGUUAUGACGAUGGCACGUACAAAGCAAGGCGUGAGAUGGAAGACAUCAUGUCAAAGGGUGUGAGGCUCUACUGUCGACUCCACAGCCUUUUCACGCCAAUAAUAAAGUAAGUGUCUUCCAAGUUAUUACUU